AUGAGGCUAGCGAGGCCGUACUCGGGGGUGUUCCGGGGCGGGGCGACGGCGCGGACGGGGCCGCACGCGAUGCCGCUGGCGCGGAUCAAGAAGAUCAUGAAGCGGUCGGCGGGGGACGGCAGCGGCGCGGACGGCGCCGGGGCGAGGAUGAUCUCGGUCGAGGCGCCCGUGGUGUUCUCCAGGGCCUGCGAGCUCCUCGUUGCCGAGCUCACCCGCGCCGCAUGGGCCGCCACGCUCGACGGCAAGCGCCGGACCAUGCACCGGGAGGACGUCGCCCAAGCCGUCCGAGACACCGAUCUCUUCGACUUCCUCGUCGACGUUGUCAAGGACUGA